AUGGAGAGGGCGACCAAGUGGGAUCCAGGCCAGUCGAAAGCCUCCGACGCGGCUCUGCGAUUCUACAGCCAGCUGAAGCUCCUGGAGGAUCAGCAGGCGACCUCGGUUUCAGUUGUCACCAGCCUGCAAUCGGAGCUUGAGGAAGCUCGGGCCCAGAUCAGCGACCUCGAAGCGGAGCGCCGCAUGCUGAGGAAGAAGCUCGACCACUUCCUGAAGAAGGCUGCGGAGGAGAAGGCCGCCUGGCGGGGGAGGGAGCUCGAGAAGGCAACGGCGGCGAUCGACGAGCUAAAGGAGGCGCUCGCCAGGGAGAGGAAGAACCGGCGGAGGACGGAGAUGGUGAACUCGAAGCUCGUCAGUGAGCUCGCCGAGGCCGAGCUGGCGGCGAAGCGGCACUUGCAUGAGUGCGAGAAGGAGCGGAAGGCCCGAGAGCUCGUCGAGGAGGUCUGCGACGAGCUGGCGAAGGAGAUUGGAGAAGACAAGGCGGAGCUCGAGGCUCUGCGGAGGGAGGCCGCCGGCGUCAGGGACGAGGUGGAGGAGGAGAGGAAGAUGCUGCAGAUGGCGGAGGUGUGGCGAGAGGAAAGGGUGCAGAUGAAGCUGAUGGGCGCCAAGCUCGCCCUGGAGGAGAAGUAUUCGCUGCUUAGCAAGCUACAGGCGGAGCUGGAGGCGUUCCUGCGGGGGAGAGGCGGGUCCGCCCCCGGCGACGCCGCCGCCGUCAGGGAGGCGGAGCUGCUCAGAGAUGCCGCCGAGUCGGCGGCGGCGUUGACCCAGGAGAUGGAGGAGUUCAGGUACCAGCCACCGGCGCCCUCCGAGGACAUCUUCUCCGUGUUCGAGGAGCUCCGGCCGGGGGAACACGCCGGCGAGAGGGAGGUCGAGCUCUGCUACGAUCGUAGCCACCCUGUCAGCCCCGAGGACGGCGGCGGCGGCGGGGGUGGGAGCUUGGACGGCACCGGCGACGGGGAAGAAGAUGACAGUGGGUGGGAGACGACGAGCCAUGCUGAGGAGCAGGGAUCAAGCAAUUCCCCUGAUGGGAGCGACCCGUCGGUGAACGGCUUCUGCCGGAGCAACGUCUCCGCCGGCGGCACGGACUGGGAGGAAAACCCCGACGGCGAGAAGGCCGGCAGCGGGGUGACGACGGAGGUCUGCUCGGCGGCGGCGGCGGUGAGGCAGCCGAGGAAGAAGAUGGCGUCGAUCACCAGGCUGUGGCGGUCGUCUUCUUCCCCGAACGGCGGCGGCUUCGACGGGAGCCGGUCGCCGGAGGGGAAGGCGGCGGCGGAGCUGGGGAUGAAGAAAGCCUGCGUGGAGUGGCCGAGGGGGAUCCAGAAGCAGAGCUUGAAGGCCAAGCUCCUGGAAGCGAGGCUGGAGAGCCAGAAGAUCCAGCUCCGGCACGUCCUCCGGCAGAAGAUCUAA